GUAGGUGUAUGUAUCUCCAUUUAUAUCGUCGCCUAUUUCACCAGUGCGGCUCUGGGGGGGGGGAAGGGCUGUGUCUUGGCCCCCAAGGGCAGAGAGGAGCCCUCCUGGGGAGGCUCCUGUUCCUCGGGAGGGGCUGCAAACUGGGGGAGCCGCUCAGUCUAAGGGGAGCGCAGGGACUCCACAGGUGCGUCCCCCGGUUUGGGUGUCAACCGUAUGGCUGCCUUCCAGGAUACACUUUUGACUUCCCUGGGUCUUAGUGGGAUCCCCUGGUGACCCCCCCAAGAGUAGCAGUGCUGCUCUCAUCCCGCAGCCUCUUGGUGACCUCCCACAGGGGCCCUUUUCCUUCACCCUCUGGCGUGGCGAGAGGCAGAGAGAGGCUGUGAGGGGCUCCCUGGCCUGGGGCCCUUUAGCCACGGCUGCCAUGCGCUUUGCCUGUGCCUCGCUUGGCGACCUUGCUGCGUCUUGUGAGCUCCACCUGUUGGCUCUCCUACUCCUCCCGUUAACCUGUCAGUGGCCAAGCAGGCUUGGUGGGCACUGCCCAGCUCCCUCUUGCCCUGGGCCCUUCAGGGGCUGGAGCCCCGGAACUCGGUGUGUUUCUGCUCAGCUGCCCAAGAGACGGGGGUGGGUGGUUGGCAGGAGGUGCCACCGCUUGCUUUGGCUUCCUCUCCUGGAUCUUGGAAUGGGGCAAUGCUGGUGAGAAAUAAAACACCUUGCCUGGGACCCCCUAAGGCAGUGGUUCUCAACCUUUCUAAUGCCGCGACCCCAUAAUACAGUUCCCCAUGUUGUGGUGACCCCCAACCACUUAUACAUCACCGGGUGCCAGGGGCGUGGCCAAAGAAAAGGGGAAAAAAUGGCGGACAGCCUUGUUUGGCGACCCUCAUGAAAUGGUCAUUCGACCCCAUUUGGGGUCCCGACCCACAGGUUGAGAACCACUGCCCUAAGGGCAUCAAGUGGCUCCACAGAUUUUGGGAGGGAUGGCCCCAUUGUGGCUGCAGAUGCAUGGAUAUCUACUGCUUGCAGCUGCCCAAUAUUAAGACACACACACACACACACCCGCCGAGCCAGGGAAGGACCCCAGAGCUUGGGGUGACCGCUGUCUCUCAAGACUGCCAGGCAGACCACUGUCUGCUGGGGGGGGCAGGGGGUCCUUCAACCUGGACCUCUGUCGUCCUGAGACUGGCAAAGCUAGAAGCUGAGAAGGCCUCCCCCCCCCUUUGCUUUCUCUUUGUCCAGAGAAGAGGCUGAGGGCCCUGGCAGGAGAGGGGGGGAUCUGGUUUGGGGGCAAAUGAAAACAGAUACAUAGGCUGAGGAGAAAUGGAGAGGGUGCCCCGCUGGGGUCCCCCUCCAAGAGGGGCGCAGCGGAUGGCAUGGGAGCAGAAACGCCUCUGAGACUCACUCUUUUGCGUUGGCACUGAAUGGCCGUGGUGACCCCUCCCCAUUUGCCUCCUCAGCCUCAGCCCUUCCCGUCCAUCAGCCGCCCCUCUCCGCAUGGGGGUCCCCCUCUCUGCUCCGGAGAGGAGGCAGGCCCGCGGCGAGGGCGCUGGGCUUUGGGCGGGGGUCCCUCCGCAACUCUCUCCUCCCCGCGGGGCGUUCCGGCCCCCGCAGAUUCCAGCCGGCCUAUUUUUAGGCAGCGAUGAUGUCACAGCUCCCCCCGCAGACCCUGCCCAGACGCCCCCUCCCCUCCGGCGCAGCUGCCGCCAGCAGGAGGACCUCGCCGCAGCGGAGCGAACGGGGCGGAGGCGGCCCCGGGCUAUGAGCCGGCGGCAUGGAGAACGGGAAGCCGGUCAGGGGCACAGACCUCCAGAAGAAGAUUGACCACGAGGUCCGCAUGCGGGAUGGCGCCUGCAAGCUGCUGGCGGCGUGCACUCAGCGGCCGCAGGCGCUGGAGGUGACCAAGAGCCUGCUGGUCUGCAACAGCCGCAUCCUGGCCUACAUGGCGGAGCUGCAGCGCAUGAAGGAGGCGCAGGUGAUGCAGCACAUGGCUCGGCGUCCUUCCGAGGCUGGACCCACAGACAGUCGCUUACCCUGCCGGGGCCGAAUCUGUGUCUCGGAUCUGCGGAUCCCCCUGAUGUGGAAGGACACGGAAUAUUUCAAGAACAAGGGGGACCUGCAUCGCUGCGCGGUGUUCUGCCUGCUGCAGAUUGGCACGGAAAUCUACGACACGGAGAUGGUGCUGGCGGACCGGACGCUGGCCGACCUCUGCUUUGAGAACGCCGUGCUCUUCACCGAGGCCGGUCCAGACUUUGAGCUGAAAAUUGAGCUCUACAGCGCCGCCCUAGAGGGGGACUCUGCCCUGGGCGCUACCCCCAAGAAGCUGGCCAGCCGCCUGAGCAGCUCCCUGGGGCGGUCCUCGGGGAAGCAGAUGCGGGCUGCCCUGGAUGGGAGCGCCCCGGGCAGCAACGGGGGCUGCAGUCCACUGAUGCUGCCCCUGGCUGCCAGCACAACGGGGCCCAAGUACCAACUGCUGGCCUGUGCCCACCUUGGCCUGGCGCACGUCCAGGACGCCUUUCGCACCCAUGACCUCCUCGUCACUGGCAACGAGGAAUGCUCCUUCUGGCUGCCCCUGUAUGGCAGCCUGUGCUGCCGCCUGGUGGCCCAGCCCAGCUGCAUGGUGGAGCAGGUGAUGGCCGGCUUCCUGAAAGUGCAGCAGGGGGAGCAGCUGGACUGGACGAGGCUCUUCUGCGUCUUGCGUGGCACCAACCUUCUCUGCUACCGGCGCCCUCAGGAUGCCGAGGCCCAGGCAGAGGCUGCCUUCACCAUUGCCAUCAACAAGGAGACACGCAUCCGGGCCAGCGAGAAAAGCCCCAGAGGCCCCGUCCGCUGCAUGUCAGUCACCAACCACUACGGAGGCGAGGAAGUGACCCACAUGCUGCAGGCCGAGUCUCCCGCAGAGGCCCAGCGCUGGAUGGAGGUCUUCUGGCAGCACUUCUACGACAUGAGCCAGUGGAAGCACUGCUGCGAUGAAGUGAUGACGGUGGAGAUGCCAUCUCCGCGCCACCCUCCGCUGCUGCUGCCCAAGCAGGGAUCCCUGUACCACGAGAUGGCUAUUGAGCCAGCCGAUGACAUCGAGGCAGUGACGGAGAUCCUGGCCCGGCGGGUGUCCGACCUGGGCGAGCCCGUGUGGCUCUCUCUCUUCGAGGGAUCCUCACCCGGCAUCGCUUCCAACAGCAGCCACGGAUGCUCCAGCACUGGCCCGUGCCCCCCGCAACCCCCCUGGGGCCGUCCUCGCACUUUCUCGCUGGACGCCAAGCUCAGCAGGCUGAAGGGGCGUGCAGGACGCCCACCGCCUUCCCCUUUGCCCAAGGCCCCUGGCCCUUCCUGCUCCAGCUCGGGAUCCUCCAGCAGCUGCAGCUCAUCUCCGGACUCGGAGCGGACCCUGCAGACCCCCAACCGGCCCUGGUUUGACCCUCGCUUGUGGCUGCAGUCCCAGGUCUGAGGCUGCCGAGAGGUGAGAGUCUACAUUGUGCAGGGGCUUUGUGUCGCAGAGACAAACUGGCCUAGGCCGCACGUCCCGUCACUGCCCCCAGCGAGGGCUGACCUGGCUAGAGAAGCAGCUGGCCACGGAGGGUGGGGCAAGGCCUCCUGGCCAGACGCCUCCCUUUUCAGGAGAAAAGCACCUUGCUUUCCCUCGUAAGAAACUGGAAUACUUGCUGUUGAAACAGAAGGGAGGCCCAGCACUUUCCUCGCCAGGGACAGAGUGUUCUCAUUUGCCUUCAGCCGGGCCUCUUCCUGUCCCCUUCCCAGCUGCAGGCUUUUGCCUGGAGGAAGAAGCAAGGUGGGCAGCCCUUCCCUCCAAACUGCUCUGUGUGGAGGCCAGCGACUUCCUCCCUCCCUCCCUGUGAAUAUGCAUUAAAGAGUAUUGACUUGC